AAUUAGGAAAUUACCCUCGCCAUUUUGACGUAGUGGCCUCUGUCGUCCGUGAGUUACCCUGACCCCUCCUCGUCAGUUUGCCCGCCGCGGCGCCGCCGCCGCCGCCGCCGAUCCCCAUCCAUCCCGCGAGCGAGCAGGGCGCCGUCGUUCGUCCUGCUGCAUCCGCCGCAUCCUGUAAACAUGAACCCUUUAAAGAGGUCAUUGGAAUCAUCUUCUCAGGAACAUGAAGCAGGCAAACAGAAACUGCAGAAGAGAGAGUGUCAAGAUUUCACUCCCAGAAGAUAUCAGCUUGAUGUCUAUGAGGUUGCAAUGCGGAGAAACACGAUUGCGAUGCUUGACACAGGAGCCGGGAAGACAAUGAUUGCUGUGAUGCUUAUCAAGGAGUUCGGAAAGAUAAACAGAACAAAGAAUGCUGGAAAAGUCAUCAUAUUUCUUGCACCAACAGUUCAACUUGUUACACAGCAAUGCGAGGUGAUUGAAAUCCACACAGAUUUUGAGGUAGAACAAUACUAUGGUGCAAAGGGGGUUGAUCAAUGGACAGGUCCUAGAUGGCAAGAGCAAAUCUCAAAAUACCAGGUCAUGGUCAUGACACCACAGGUGUUCCUACAAGCUUUACGCAAUGCUUUCUUAAUCUUGGACAUGGUUAGUCUCAUGAUAUUUGAUGAAUGCCAUCAUGCAACUGGAAACCACCCUUAUACAAGAAUAAUGAAGGAGUUCUAUCACAAAUCAGAACAUAAGCCAAGUGUGUUUGGUAUGACAGCAUCACCUGUUAUAAGAAAAGGUAUCUCUUCUCAUUUGGAUUGUGAAGGUCAGUUCUGUGAAUUGGAGAACCUGUUAGAUGCUAAGAUCUACACAGUUUCAGAUAGAGAAGAGAUAGAGUUUUGUGUUCCUUCUGCAAAAGAAAUGUGCAGGUACUAUGACUCGAAACCAGUUUGUUUUGAAGAUUUGAGUGAAGAAUUGGGAGUUUUAUGUUCCAAGUAUGAUGCAUUGAUAACAGAGUUGCAGAAUAAGCGAAGCGACAUGUAUAAAGAUGCUGAUGAUAUAACAAAAGAAUCAAAGAGACGCCUUUCUAAAUCUAUAGCAAAAAUUUGCUACUGCCUUGAUGAUGUUGGUCUUAUUUGUGCAAGUGAGGCCACAAAAAUCUGCAUUGAAAGGGGCCAGGAGAAAGGUUGGCUGAAGGAAGUAGUUGAUGCCACAGAUCAGCAAACUGAUGCAAAUGGAUCACGCCUAUUUGCAGAAAAUUCAGCGCUUCAUAUGAAGUUCUUUGAGGAAGCCUUGCAUUUAAUUGACAAACGCCUCCAACAAGGUAUCGACAUGCUUCUAAACUCAGAAAGUGGAUGUGUUGAAGCAGCAAAGACGGGCUAUAUUUCCCCAAAGCUCUAUGAACUCAUCCAGAUCUUUCACUCUUUUAGUAACUCUCGUCAUGCUCGAUGCCUCAUUUUUGUUGAUCGAAAGAUCACUGCUAGAGUCAUUGACCGGAUGAUUAAGAAAAUUGGCCACCUUGCACAUUUCACAGUUUCUUUUCUUACUGGAGGGAGAUCUUCGGUGGAUGCUCUGACACCCAAAAUGCAGAAGGAUACAUUGGAUUCAUUUCGCUCUGGAAAGGUGAACUUACUAUUUACUACAGAUGUUGCUGAAGAGGGUAUCCAUGUCCCAGAAUGCUCUUGUGUAAUACGAUUUGAUUUGCCAAGGACAACACGUAGCUAUGUGCAGUCACGUGGACGAGCACGCCAGGAAGACUCUCAGUACAUUCUCAUGAUUGAACGGGGGAACGUGAAGCAAAAUGAUUUGAUAUCUGCAAUUGUGAGAAGUGAGACUUCAAUGGUUAAGAUUGCUUCAAGCAGAGAGUCUGGAAAUCUGUCGCCUGGUUUUGUUCCCAAUGAAGAAAUAAACGAAUACCAUGUAGGCACAACAGGAGCGAAAGUAACUGCUGAUUCAAGCAUCAGUAUUGUCUACCGAUACUGUGAGAAGCUUCCGCAGGAUAAGUGCUACUCCCCAAAACCUACAUUUGAGUUCACUCAUCAUGAUGAUGGAUAUGUGUGUACAUUAGCAUUACCACCAAGUGCUGUGCUUCAAAUUCUGGUGGGCCCAAAAGCAAGAAACAUGCACAAAGCAAAACAGCUCGUUUGCCUUGAUGCAUGUAAGAAGUUGCAUGAGCUAGGAGCACUUGAUGACCACCUUUGUCUAUCUGUUGAAGAUCCAGUUCCAGAAAUUGUAAGCAAAAAUAAGGGUACUGGUAUAGGUACAACCAAACGGAAGGAGCUACAUGGUACAACAAGAAUUCAUGCUUGGUCUGGCAAUUGGGUGUCAAAGAAAACUGCACUCAAGCUUCAAAGCUACAAAAUGAAUUUUGUUUGUGACCAAGCUGGUCAGAUUUACUCUGAAUUUGUUCUGUUAAUUGAUGCAACUUUACCGGAUGAAGUCGCUACUUUGGAGAUUGACCUAUAUUUGCACGACAAGAUGGUCAAAACUUCAGUUUCUUCUUGUGGACUUCUUGAGUUGGAUGCUCAACAGAUGGAACAAGCAAAGUUGUUUCAAGGGCUUCUCUUCAAUGGUUUGUUUGGAAAGCUGUUUACUAGAUCAAAAGUACCUAAUGCUCCGAGGGAAUUCAUUCUUAAUAAAGAGGAUACAUUUGUGUGGAACACUGCGAGUGUAUAUUUGCUUUUACCAACAAAUCCUUCUUUUGACUCCAACGUUUGUAUUAAUUGGAGUGUCAUUGAUGCGGCAGCUACGGCAGUUAAACUUAUGAGAAGGAUUUAUUCUGAGAAUAAAAGAGAAUUACUUGGAAUAUUUGAUUCUGACCAAAAUGUUGGAGAUUUAAUUCAUUUAGCUAACAAGUCGUGUAAGGCUAACAGCCUCAAAGAUAUGGUAGUUCUAGCAGUUCACACUGGGAAGAUAUAUACUGCUCUUGAUAUUACUGAAUUAUCUGGCGAUAGCGCUUUUGAUGGUGCAUCUGAUAAGAAAGAAUGUAAAUUCCGGACAUUCGCAGAAUAUUUCAAAAAGAAGUAUGGCAUAGUACUUCGCCACCCCUCACAGCCACUACUAGUUUUGAAGCCUAGUCAUAAUCCUCACAACCUUCUUUCCUCGAAGUUCAGGGAUGAAGGUAAUGUUGUGGAGAAUAUGAGUAAUGGCACACCAGUUGUAAAUAAAACAAGCAACCGUGUCCACAUGCCUCCUGAGUUGCUGAUUCCCCUUGAUUUACCUGUGGAAAUUUUGAGAUCAUUCUAUUUGUUUCCGGCUUUGAUGUAUCGGAUUGAGUCAUUAACGUUAGCUAGUCAACUAAGAAGUGAAAUUGGAUACAGCGAUUCUAAUAUAUCAAGUUUCCUGAUUCUGGAAGCUAUUACAACGCUUAGGUGCUCUGAGGAUUUCUCUAUGGAGCGUCUAGAAUUAUUGGGAGACUCUGUAUUGAAGUAUGCAGUGAGUUGUCAUCUUUUCCUGAAAUUUCCUAAUAAGGAUGAGGGGCAGCUAUCAUCCAUAAGGUGCCAUAUGAUUUGUAAUGCCACACUUUAUAAGCUUGGAAUUGAACGCAAUGUACAGGGUUACGUACGUGAUGCUGCAUUUGAUCCUCGUCGAUGGCUAGCACCAGGACAGCUCUCUAUUCGUCCAUCUCCUUGUGAAUGCCCUGUAAAAUCUGAGGUUGUAACUGACGAUAUUCAUAUCAUUGAUGACAAGGCUAUUGUUCUAGGCAAGGCGUGUGACAAGGGACACAGAUGGAUGUGUUCCAAAACCAUUGCUGAUUGUGUUGAGGCUAUUAUUGGGGCAUAUUAUGCAGGGGGUGGUUUAAGAGCAGCCAUGGCAGUUCUCAAAUGGUUGGGCAUCGGGGCUGAAAUUGAAGAAGACUUGAUUGUGCAGGCCAUAUUGAGUGCUUCUGUGCAGACUUAUCUUCCAAAAGACAAUGUAUUUGAAAUGCUUGAAGCAAAACUAGGCUAUUCUUUCUCGGUGAAAGGUCUUUUGGUAGAGGCUCUGACUCACCCAUCACAGCAGGAGUUAGGUGCAAAAUACUGCUACGAGCGCCUAGAGUUCCUCGGUGAUGCGGUCUUAGACAUUCUGUUAACAAGAUAUCUUUUCAAUAGUCAUAAAGACACUAAUGAGGGGGAGUUGACAGACUUACGUUCUGCAUCAGUCAAUAAUGAAAACUUUGCACAAGUUGCAGUAAAGCACAACUUCCAUCACUUUCUCCAGCAUUCUUCUGGGCUUCUGUUAGACCAAAUUACUGAAUAUGUGAAUAGGUUGGAAGGUUCAUCCAUGGACAAAGUUGAACUGUUAUCAGAUGGACUCCCAAAAGGGCCUAAAGUCCUUGGUGAUAUUGUAGAAAGUAUUGCAGGUGCAAUUCUUUUAGACACCAAACUUGAUUUGGAUGUAGUCUGGGGUAUUUUUGAACCCCUUCUUUCCCCAAUUGUCACACCUGAGAAUCUGGAGUUACCUCCAUACAGAGAGCUUAUCGAAUGGUGUGGCAAACAUGGGUAUUUUGUAGGAAUUAACUGUAGAGAUCAAGGAGACACAGUAGUGGCUACUCUUGAUGUACAGCUCAAAGAGGUGCUUCUUGUGAGGCAAGGUUUUAGCAAGAAAAGAAAAGAUGCGAAAGCGCAUGCAUCUUCCUUACUGCUCAAAGAUCUCGAGGAAAAAGGACUAAUAAUCCCAAAGAAUGCAAGCAAGACAGAACAAUUUGAAAAGCAUUGUGGCAGCACUAAUCCCUUCAACAAUUUGCAUGUCGAUGCAAUGGAUACACAGACUCCAAAACCAACCAAGGAAAAAAACGCAGCUGAUUCAAGGAACAUUUCUGAUCCCCUGCUUGGUAAACCAUUGCACGUGAUUGUGAAAACGAGUAAAGGAGGACCACGCAUUGCAUUAUAUGAGUUGUGUAAAAAGUUGCAAUGGCCAAUGCCUACAAUGGAAUCUGAGAAAGUACAACCAAGCUUUAGCAGCGUGUGCUCCUCCCCUGGUGGUUCCUCUCAGAAAGCUACCCCCCAAGCGUUCGCUUUCGCUUCAACCAUUACAUUGCAUAUACCAAAUGCUGAUGUGAUCAGCCUCACAGGAGAUGGCCGUGCAGAUAAGAAGAGCUCACAGGAUUCUGCUGCCCUGUUCUUGCUCUAUGAGCUUCAGCGGCGAGGUACUUUGCAACUCCAGGAGGUGUGAAGGAACGACAACUGAUUGCUUGCCAACCAGUUGCUUGGAAGUUGGAAUAAUAGACCAACCAGUUGCUUGCCACCACUCAGCUUUGUACAUCUUCUCCAGUGUUCACCUUCUGAAUUAUGAUAAGAGGGUACCCAAAGAAUGGAGAACAGCUGACCUGGUUCUGGUGUGUGUCAGUUGUUAUGUGUGUUUGUCCAUAUGUUAUCUGCGUAGAAACUGAAUAAGCCCCCAAAGUUGUUGCUGACGAUAAACACGCAAAUAUCAUGCCCCUGUAGCCUGUAGGUGUUAAACCAAUUGUUCAAGGAUAAAAAGAGAGACCAUUUUCAAAUCAUGUUUCCUUGUUCUAUUAUUACAUAAACAUACCGGACUUUUUUUCUUAUAAAAACUACUCCAGUAAACAUUUGAUCA